GAACAAUUAACGUCUAAUUGAGAUCGCCCUAGCAAUCAAUUAUCUUGCAACUGAACUGCAAGACCUUUGAGCUUUAAUUUAAACUAAUAACUGUUUGCGAGUAAUUUGUAUUCAUUUGCCAAGUUCAAACAAAUUAAUAAAAAGUCAAGUGCGUAAGAAUAUUUAUUAAGCUAGUAAAGGAAACUUAGUUUGAAAAUGUAAUUUAAAAAGAAAAAUUAAAAUAUUGCCCAUUACAUGUCAUUUCAGAUUUAAACAACUUUAUGCUUUAACAUUUUAUUGAAAUUUUGUUGAAAACUGUUGUGCCAAAAAGCACGAAAUUCGAACUACAAAAUAAUAUUUUGUGCUUUAAAAAUUAUGAUAAAAUUCUAGAUAGAAGAAAUCAUCAUAAAAUAAUACAAAAAUUAUACGCAAAAAAAGAACAAAAAACAAAAUACGAAAAUUUUAUCUACUGUAACUAUGGCAGAAGGAAAAGUUCAUUUUCAAAUUGAAAACAGUCAACAACUACCGUAUUAUUCAUCAAACAGCUUAAAAUCUCCACCAACAUCAACUAAUUUUAAAAAUACCGUAGUUGCUUUAGGAGGCUCGCAAAAUAAUUUGAAUAUUUGUAAUGGUUCAGUUGUAGCCAAUAUAAAUGAAAAGCAUGGAUUAGUACGUAAAAUUCCUAACGAAAUAAGUGGCCAAAGGAAACCAACGGUUCAAUUGACACAUCUGCUUCAAAGACCUCCUGUUGAUAUUGAGUUCCAAAAAAUUUCUUAUUCCGUAUCAGAAGGUAGAGCACGUGGAUACAAAACUAUUUUGAAGGGUAUCAAUGGCAAAUUUAGAUCAGGAGAGCUUGCAGCUAUUAUGGGGCCUUCGGGAGCUGGAAAAAGUACUCUGAUGAAUAUUUUGGCUGGAUAUAAAACAUCAAAUUUGAGUGGACACGUUUUGAUAAACGGAAAAGAACGUAAUUUACGACGAUUUAGAAAACUUAGCUGCUACAUAAUGCAAGAUGAUCAAUUAUUGCCGUACUUAACUGUUAAAGAAGCAAUGUUGGUUAGUGCAAAUCUAAAACUUGGAAAAGAUCUCACUGUAUCGGCUAAAAAGCUUAUUGUUGACGAAAUUAUCGAUGCCCUCGGUCUAUCUGAUUGCGCAACAACAAAAACAUUGAGUUUAUCAGGCGGACAACGUAAAAGGCUCUCUGUUGCACUUGAAUUAGUGAACAAUCCUCCUGUUAUGUUUUUCGAUGAACCGACAUCGGGACUAGAUAGUUCAUCAUGCUUCCAGUUGAUUUCACUUCUAAAAUCUCUGGCACGUGGUGGACGAACGAUUGUUUGCACAAUUCAUCAACCAUCAGCACGACUCUUUGAAAUGUUUGACAAUCUUUACAUGUUAGCUGAAGGACAAUGUGUUUAUCAAGGUAUCGUGCCUGGUUUAGUACCCUUUUUAGCAUCCAAUGGAUAUAUUUGUCCAAGCUAUCAUAAUCCUGCUGACUAUGUGAUGGAAGUUGCUUGUGGCGAGCAUGGCGAGGCUGUUUACAAAUUAGUAACAGCAAUGAACAAUCGAAAAUCUUUUAAUAAUUUUGGACAAGACAUGCUUCUAUCCGUUGAUAAACCAUUGAAUUUAUCGACUAUCGCUAUACCAUCUUCAUCCUCAACUGCAACAACAACGACAAUAAGUAAUGAAACAUCAUCAAAUGGAAAUGGCCCAUUAGCGGCUCAUAUCGUAGCUCAUGAUAGCGUUGUUGUAGAUGUAGAUUUAGUAAAAACAUGUGGACGUGCUGAGUAUACAAUAAUUAAUAUGAAUCCAAACAAAAUAGAGAAUGGAAACAGUUCUCAACAGCCUAUUGGACCAACAACAUCACUCUUAGACUCAUCAACAGAAAGCGUCAUCGUUACGCAAAGGAAAGAUUCACACAAAAAUCAUAUAAACGGAUUUCCUACAUCUUCAUGGACUCAGUUCUGGAUUUUAUUAAAACGCACAUUUCUCACAAUUAUUCGUGAUCAAACGCUUACCCAAAUGCGUCUUGUUUCACACAUUGUUGUCGGUGCAAUUAUUGGAAUGAUUUAUUAUGGAAUUGGCAAUGAUGCGAGCAAAAUUAUGAGUAAUACAGGAUGUCUCUUUUUUACGACACUUUUCACAAUGUUUACAGCAAUGAUGCCAACAAUAUUGACAUUUCCUACCGAAAUGUCAGUAUUCAUACGAGAACAUUUAAAUUAUUGGUACUCAUUAAAGUCCUACUAUUUUGCCAAAACAAUAGCAGAUUUACCAUUUCAGGUCUUGUUCACAAGCGUUUAUGUAAUCGUUGUGUAUGUGUUAACAAGUCAACCGUUGGAAGCAGAUCGUAUCGGGAUGUUUGUGCUGAUUUGUAUUCUCACAUCACUUGUAGCACAAAGCCUUGGACUAUUGAUUGGAGCUGGUAUGAGUGUAGAGGCUGGAGUUUUCCUUGGUCCAGUAACAACAAUCCCAACGAUUUUAUUCUCCGGAUUCUUUGUCAAUUUUAAUGUUAUUCCGAACUAUCUUAAAUGGGUCACAUAUGUUAGUUAUGUAAGAUUUGGAUUUGAAGGUGCUAUGAUAUCCGUAUAUGGACUUGGAAGAGAAAAAUUAGAAUGUAAUGAAAUUUAUUGUCAUUAUCGUAAUCCUGAAAAGUUUUUAGCCGAAAUGUCAAUGGCUGAUGCUAAUUUCUGGGUUGAUGCUGCCGCAUUAACUGGUAUUUUUAUUGGACUAAGAGUGAUUGCAUACUUUGUUCUUAGAUGGAAGCUUCAUUCUAUUCGUUAAGUGGAUAUUAUAUUCCAUUAGAGCAAUUUUCUUGCAAUAGAUUUUAAAAAUGAUUCUGUCUUUAAAUCAAGCAAUCAUAAUUGUAGAGAAAUAAUCAGAAUCUUAAGUCCCCAAGAUAGAUUGUAUGAAUGGACAUUAUUUGUAGUUAGAUUUUGUAUUAAAUUUGAUAUUUAUAAAAAAAAUGAAAACAAGCAAACUACUUUAUAUAAUUUUGUAAUUCAAAUGAUCAUGUUUCAUUACUUUUAAUAGACAAAAUGAAUUUUACUAUGAAACUUCUAACAACCAUAAAGUAUUGAAUUAAAAGAAACAGAUAUUAUUUAAAAAAAAAACUACAUAAGUAUAGAACAAAUGAUUAAAAAUUUGAUGCCAGAUAUACAAUGAGCAUAUAAAGACAGAUAUUCAACUUUUAGUUGAAUUUUCCCACCUACAUAACUUAGGCACUAAAAAAAUAAAUAAAAUUAUUUGUAGGUAUUCAAAAAAUCAUCAUUAGUCAAUAGUCUAUGAUCUGAUUUAUAUACUUGAAACAUAAAUGCAAUGAAAACUUAGCAAGAUUUUAAUUUCAAAACAUUUACUUUUUCGUUUCAUUUACAAAGAAAAUAAUUUAUGACAGAUCUCAUUUUGCUUUUAAACUGAGAAGUUUAAGGAACUUAUACCCAAACUCAAAAAAAGCUACAAUUAAACAGCAAUUUUUAAAAGUAUAACUUUCUUUUUGAAAUUUUUAUAAUUUUUAAAAAGUGGGACCUUUUUAUAAGGAACAAAAAAAUAAAUCCUUUUUAAAAAAAAUAAAUCCCAGUGGAAUUGGAUAAUAAUUAUGUGAUUUAUGCUGUAGAUCAAUAUAUUGAGUUUGCAGACAUUAAAUUAGAAUAUCUUAAUGUUUUUAACAUUGUUGAAUCGAAAAUAUAAAUCAAUGUUUCAAGCAAAGACACGAACCAAUCAAACAACAAAAUAUAAAAAGUAUAAGCUUUAAAAAACUUUUUUGACGUUUUUACUAACGCUUAAAAAAAUUUAAUUAAAUAAAAUUCGAAGACCACGUCAUAAUUGUAAUAUUUGGGUUAAAACAAUUGAAUAUUAAAUUUCAUAAAUUAAAAUAAUUGUUUUUGAAUAUAUUCAGGACCAUAUAUCUUCUUUGCAGAGUUGAAACAGAUGUUAUUUUUUAUUUUUAAAGAAGUUUAAAUAAAAAUAGCUGUAUAAUAUGAAAUUGUUAAAUUUGAUUGUGAUAUCAGAAAAUUAGUGAUAGUAAAUUAUGUAUUAUAGCAGCAUUAUUAUUUAUAUAAUUAUUAUUAUCAAUUUUAUCGGUGAGAGUAAAAACCUUUGCAAAAUAUUUUUUUAUAUUCGAUUAAAAUAAAAUGAGAGUUGGCAAUUAAUGAUUUAAAAAUUAAUAAAAUAUUAAAGCCAAAAAUCGAAAAAGAAUUUGAAAAGAAUAGCAC